CGAGCAUCAUGAAUAUGAGUUUCCUCCUAUUGUUGCAGUUGAAGGCGGAAGAUUGUGGUUCGACAGAUAGGCCACCUGAAAUGUUUCGACGGUCUCAAUUAAAGUAAGGCGCGUCGCUAGAAUCAGAGUGUGACCAAAGCCAUAAGGACGUGGUUAAAGACGUUCAAAAAUAUUUCAGAACUACAAGAAAAGUCUGACUGCAGUUUGAUGGUUGAAGCCCAAACAAACCUGACAACCAUGUUCCUACAAUUCAUAUUAAUAAGUUGUUGCUUUGGCGUUGCUUCAUCUUCAUAUUGUCCCCUGAAUGAAUACAAAGCAGGAACGGAGUGUUGCCCAUCAUGUCCGCCUGGAUGUCAUGUUGUAAAGGACUGCACAGAGAGAAGCAUUACAAAGUGCAAAAGUUGCCCCGAUGGUACUUUCCAAGCCGGCUAUAAUGAGCAGAAGCAAUGCUCUACCUGUACAAAGUGUGACGCAGGUCUCGGUCUGAAGGUGAAGAAGUCGUGUUCAUCAACAUCAGAUGCUGUGUGUGAGGUCCUGGAUGGAUUCUUCUGUAGUGACUCUAACAGAGGUGGAUGUAGGGCCGCUCAGAGUCACCGUCUGAGCUGCAGUCCUGGUCACUACAUCGAUCAAAGAGGAACAGCAGAUAAAGACACAGAGUGCCUUCACUGUACUGAUGGAACAUUCUCAGAUGGCACGCGGUCGUCUUGCAAGAACCACACAAAAUGUGAAUCUGUGGGACUGAAACUGAUGAAACCAGGAACUGAUUCAACUGAUUCUGAAUGUGGAGAACAUGGUCCAGAGGCAGGACUAGUGGCAGGAAUAGUAAUAACAGGAGUCAUACUGGCUCUAAUAAUCAUAGCCAUUAUUCUGAGGAAGAAAAUAAGAGAAAAGGCUAAUCAAAGGCGUGAUAAGAAAAGGGAAACACAGGAGCUGGAGACUGAAACUACACCACUAAAGUCCACUGACGGUCCUGAACCAACCAGGGACCAACAAGAAUGUACCAUAACUAUCCCUGAUGGAACUAUGGAUGAUCAUCAUGGUGACCAGAGUCUGGGUCCAGCCCCUCCCUCAAGCCCCACAGAUAAUGGAUCUGAGUCAGUCUCAGACCAUCAGGAGGACCAUCAGCCUGUCCUCAUCAAGAGAGACCAUGGAGCCUCCCGGUCCACCCCCCUUAGUCUGAGUCCCCUCUCCCCCUCCCAGUCCACCCGCCUCAGUCUGGGUCCCCCCUCCCCCUCCCGGUCCACCCCCCUUAGUCUGAGUCCCCCCUCCCCCUCCCGACUGAAAGUGGCCAGUAAGAUCAUUGGGAUUGGGCAGAACCUUUUUAAUAGGCAUGUGCUCAGGAAGGCCCAUGUCGGCCUGGACUCUCCGGGCUUCCCCGUGCAGGGAGGGUCGGGCUUCAGGUACAACAACCAGUUCAACCAUGGUAGCAGCUAUCUCCUCAGGAACUCAACCUUCAUCCACUACAUCUGUGGCUUCUAG